UGAAGCAAGAUAUGGAGGAUAUGUUUCAGCCGCCAUUUCAGAGCUGCAUCCAGGAGCCAUGCCAGUUGCUUGAUGCGCUCUUAUAAUCAGAUGAACGGGGUACCUGCUUGUGCUUGGGGCGAUCUCCUGUGGAAAACUCAAAAACAAUGGGGAUUUGAGGGGUAUAUUACUUCUGAUUGUGAUGCUGUUGCCAUAAUUCAUGAAAACCAAAGCUACACUAAUUCGCUUGAAGCUUCCAGAGCUGAUGUGUUAAAAGCGAGUAUCGAUGUGCAUGCCAAAGGGACUACUUGCUUGCUUUGGCUAAAAGAAUUUUAUGACAUGCUUUGAAAGUUUGUGGACUGAUUUGCCUCUCUUUUUGGGAAGGAAUGGAUAUCAACCCUGGAAUAUAUAUAUCUGCUUCGAUACACUGGUGAAGCAGUUAAGUUAGGAAUUGUUCGAGAAGAAGAGCCGGCAGACAUUGCUUAUAUGGGAAUGCCGUGGAUCAAGUCCCCUUUUCUGCCAUGAUUGCCGCUGGAAGUACUUCUAUCUUCAACAAAGGCAAGGGCUGUGGUUCUCGCUAUCAGGUGAUGUGCACCACUCCCAAGGCAUGUUCAGGGAAGGUGGUGACGGUCGUGAUCUCCAACUACUCAUGCCCCAGCACUGGAUGCUUAAGAGAAUCCGCUCAUUUCAAUUUCAGCAGCACCGCAUCUGGAGCAAUGGCCAACCCGGGCAUAGCUGAUGAGCUAAGGAGCGCUGGAUACCUCCAAAUCCAAUACUCAAGACUUGCAUGCGAGUAUCUAGGCAGGACAGUCACCUUCCACAUGGAACAUGGGUCCAAUCCCUACUACUUGGUAGCAGUGGAGUUCGAGGACGGUGACGGAGACCUGUCUGCUGUGGAGAUUAAGGAAGGUUCUGGUGAGUGGCAUGCCAUGAGACAAUCAUGUGGUGUGGUAUGGAGGCUCGACACUGCAUCAUCGGUCCAUGGGCCAUUCUCAAUUCAGUUGACAUUGCAGUACUCCAGCAAGAAGUUGGUGGCCAACACCGUAAUUCCGGCGGGGUGGAAGCCAGGAGCCACCUAUCAGUCUUUUGUUAACUAUAGCUAGUUGUGAGAAUUUGUGCAUCUCCACGUAACAUACCAUAUAAACAGUGCAUGUAGUUGUUACGCAUGCCAUGUAUGGCUUCAUAAUUGUACUUUUAUCUUGAUGACCGCAUGUGAUCUAAUAUUAAUGAAAUGGCGAUGGAUUAUGUUUU